AUGAGUUACCCACCUCAAGGACCACCACCAUAUUAUGGACAACCCCCUUCUUGGCCCGGACAACCGCCACUCUCUGGAAAAAACCCAGCUCCGUACCCACCAGAACAACCAGCGCCACCGUAUCCGUACUACACUCCAGGCGCGCUUAUGGUACCAGUACCGCUGGUGCCAGUAUCUAUGCCAAUGCCAUCUAUGCCGAUGCCAACUAUGCCAAUGCCAACCAUGCCGAUGCCAUCUAUGUCAUUGCCUUCAAUCUCAACACCUCCUAUGUCCAUGCCAACGCCAAUGUCCAUGCCACCACCUCCUCCAGAAGCAAAACAACCUGCACCGACGUAUAUAACCAAUUACAUUUACCACGGCGAUACCUCCAAACCAGAAAAAGUGGAAAUAGCUGAAGUUGGAGGCGAAUCAAACUGGGUACCAACGACCACUACCACGGCUGGACAUUUAUCAGGCAAAGCUGUCCUCGGAGGACACGAGGGCUGGGAUGGAUCCCCUCUAUGGGUAAUACGAGCUUGGCAUGAUGGGGAUCUGAUUCCAGGAAAGCUUAAUGUCAGACACAAUUCAGCAUCGAUAGUGUACAAUGGAAAAGAGGUGCCAGUACAAAAUGUUGAAGUUCUAUGCUCCCAGCCGGAUAGUUUAAGAUGGGUUCCCGCGUCUAAUGGAUCUGUUCCCCCUGGUGCAAUACAGGGUGGAAAGAGUUGUAAUGGUGAAAUUUUGUAUGUGGGUAGGGCAAGACACCAACUGUCCGUUACACCAGGGAAAGUUCAUCCUAGCCAUCAGUGUUGUUACAUAGGCUUUGGUGGUUCGGAAGUGUCUCAUAAAAUGUAUGAUGUACUCUGUAGAUUAAGCUAA